AUGGUUGCGGGAAUAGAGGCGGAAACCAGCAGCAUGCAUACCAUCCCAAUCAUACUUGAUAGGAUGCCUCAGCAGCAAAAGGCCAAGACUCAGAAUGACGACUGGACAGGGCAGUCUAACCAAGCGGAGCGGCGGAGGAGGCAGAAUCGUUUGAAUCAGAGAGCGUAUAGUGAGAGCGAUCUGAUGUUCGGAGUGUCUCCCCGUACUGAUCAAGGCAUUGCAGGGAAACGCAAAGAAGCAGAGAGUCAGCAAGUACCUCCAAUUGAACAUGUUAAAGGGUGUGCCUGGCAUGUGGCUCACAACGAGGUCAACUCCACCCCCGGAAAGGAGAUCAGCAAGCUAAGGCAAUAUCCAGUCAACUACGACCCCCUGACAGGUCCAUGGCAAUCAUUUAGCGCUGCCAUUAUGUCGGCCGAGCCUCAGAUCUGGGCACUCGCUCAAGUAGCCCUUCAUCUAAAGGACGACUACGAGAAGUCCGACAGGAGCAUCAACCAGUUCCGAAAGUGGGUUGAGAGAGAUCACCUGACCAGUUCUCCCACAUCAGAUCACGUUCUGACUUUGAUUAAAUUCAACGUCUUCCGAGCUUUAGUCCACAAUGCUAUUACUCUUAAUCUUUCAGUUGAAUCUACACUUGAAGAUAAUGCUUUAUCGCCUUUUGCUUCAAAAUCGAAAUCCGAAAAUCCUUUCAUGCCUCUCUUGCCGGCGGUACUGCAACCAACACUCAUCCAACGUCAAAUUCCGCAUCAUCCCUGGCUUGACUUACUCCCAGUACCUAGGAUGCGAGAUAAUAUCAUACUUGCAGGAGAGGAUUAUGACGGUUUCGACUUAUGUAAGGAUUUAUGUGGACUCUUUAAUUAG